ACUUUCAAGAGGGACACUGGCCACGCUACCCAGUGUCGGCUGCAGCUGCUGGUUGGGAACUGUUUCACUUCCAGGCUGCAUCUUCUCACUUGCUAAGAAGGACCUCUGAGUUCAGCAGCCAUGAGUUCUGACCAGGAAAUGGCCAUAUUUGGGGAGGCUGCCCCUUACCUCCGAAAGUCUGAAAAGGAGCGCAUUGAGGCCCAGAAUAGGCCCUUUGAUGCCAAGACAUCAGUCUUUGUGGCGGAGCCCAAGGAAUCCUUUGUCAAAGGGACUGUCCAGAGCAGAGAAGGAGGGAAAGUGACAGUGAAGACGGAAGCAGGGGCGACUUUGACAGUGAAAGAAGACCAAGUCUUCCCCAUGAACCCUCCCAAAUUUGACAAGAUCGAGGACAUGGCCAUGAUGACCCACCUGCACGAGCCGGGCGUGCUGUACAACCUCAAAGAGCGUUACUCAGCCUGGAUGAUCUACACCUACUCGGGCCUCUUCUGUGUCACCGUCAACCCCUACAAGUGGCUGCCGGUGUACAACCCCGAGGUGGUGACGGCCUAUAGAGGCAAAAAGCGCCAGGAGGCCCCGCCCCACAUCUUCUCCAUCUCCGACAACGCCUAUCAGUUCAUGCUGACUGACCGAGAGAAUCAGUCAAUCCUGAUCACCGGAGAAUCCGGGGCAGGAAAGACUGUGAACACGAAGCGUGUCAUCCAGUACUUUGCAACAAUUGCCGUCACUGGGGAGAAGAAGAAGGAGGAACCUACUUCUGGCAAAAUGCAGGGGACUCUGGAAGAUCAGAUCAUCAGUGCCAACCCGCUGCUGGAGGCCUUUGGCAACGCCAAGACCGUGAGGAAUGACAACUCCUCUCGCUUUGGUAAAUUCAUUAGAAUCCACUUUGGCACUACAGGAAAACUGGCUUCUGCUGAUAUUGAAACAUAUCUGUUAGAGAAGUCUAGGGUUACUUUCCAGCUUAAGGCUGAAAGGAGCUAUCACAUUUUUUAUCAGAUCACAUCAAACAGGAAACCAGAACUCAUUGAAAUGCUUCUGAUUACCACCAACCCAUACGAUUACCCAUUCAUCAGUCAAGGGGAGAUCAGUGUAGCCAGCAUUGAUGAUCAGGAAGAACUGAUAGCCACAGAUAGUGCUAUUGAUAUUUUGGGCUUUACUAAUGAAGAGAAGGUGUCCAUUUACAAGCUCACGGGAGCUGUGAUGCAUUAUGGAAAUUUGAAAUUCAAGCAAAAACAGCGUGAAGAGCAAGCAGAGCCAGACGGCACGGAAGUUGCUGACAAGGCAGCCUACCUUCAGAGUCUGAACUCUGCUGACCUGCUCAAAGCCCUCUGCUACCCCAGGGUCAAGGUCGGCAAUGAAUAUGUCACCAAAGGCCAGACGGUAGAGCAGGUGACCAAUGCGGUGGGUGCUCUGGCCAAAGCCGUCUACGAGAAGAUGUUCCUGUGGAUGGUCACCCGCAUCAACCAGCAGCUGGACACCAAGCAGCCCAGGCAGUACUUCAUCGGGGUCUUGGACAUCGCCGGCUUUGAGAUCUUUGAUUUUAACAGCCUGGAGCAGCUGUGCAUCAACUUCACCAAUGAGAAACUGCAACAGUUUUUCAACCACCACAUGUUCGUGCUGGAGCAGGAGGAGUAUAAGAGGGAAGGCAUUGAGUGGACAUUCAUCGACUUUGGGAUGGACCUGGCCGCCUGCAUCGAGCUCAUCGAGAAGCCCAUGGGCAUCUUCUCCAUCCUGGAGGAGGAGUGCAUGUUCCCCAAGGCCACAGACACCUCCUUCAAGAACAAGCUCUAUGAACAGCAUCUUGGAAAGUCGGCCAACUUCCAGAAGCCCAAGGUGGUCAAGGGCAGGGCCGAGGCCCACUUCUCCCUGAUCCACUAUGCAGGCACCGUGGACUACAACAUUACUGGCUGGCUGGACAAGAACAAGGACCCCCUGAAUGACACAGUGGUGGGGCUGUACCAGAAGUCUGCACUGAAGACUCUAGCUUUCCUCUUCUCUGGGGCUCAAACUGGUGAAGCAGAGGCCGGUGGUGGGACCAAGAAAGGUGGCAAGAAGAAGGGUUCUUCCUUCCAGACCGUGUCUGCCCUUUUCAGAGAGAAUCUGAACAAGCUGAUGACCAACCUGAGGAGCACCCAUCCUCACUUUGUGCGCUGCAUCAUCCCCAAUGAGACGAAAACCCCUGGGGCCAUGGAGCACGAACUCGUCCUGCACCAGCUGAGGUGUAACGGCGUGCUGGAGGGCAUCCGCAUCUGCAGGAAGGGCUUCCCAAGCAGAAUCCUUUAUGCAGACUUCAAACAGAGAUAUAAGGUAUUGAAUGCAAGUGCCAUCCCUGAAGGACAAUACAUCGACAGCAAGAAGGCUUCUGAGAAGCUCCUCGCGUCCAUUGACAUUGACCACACCCAGUACAAGUUUGGUCACACCAAGGUCUUUUUCAAAGCUGGUCUCCUGGGGCUCCUAGAGGAGAUGCGAGAUGACAAGCUGGCCCAGCUGAUUACCCGAACGCAGGCCAGGUGCCGAGGGUUCUUGGCAAGAGUGGAGUACCAGAAGAUGGUGGAGAGAAGGGAGUCCAUCUUCUGCAUCCAGUACAACAUCCGAGCCUUCAUGAACGUCAAGCACUGGCCCUGGAUGAAACUCUUCUUCAAGAUCAAGCCUCUGCUCAAGAGCGCAGAGACCGAGAAGGAGAUGGCCACCAUGAAGGAGGAGUUCCAGAAAACCAAGGAUGAACUCGCCAAGUCAGAGGCAAAGAGGAAGGAACUGGAGGAAAAGAUGGUGUCUCUGUUGAAAGAAAAAAAUGACUUGCAGCUCCAAGUCCAGGCUGAAGCUGAAGGCUUGGCUGAUGCAGAGGAAAGAUGUGACCAGCUGAUCAAAACCAAAAUCCAGCUGGAGGCCAAAAUCAAGGAGGUGACUGAGAGAGCUGAGGACGAGGAAGAGAUCAAUGCCGAGCUGACGGCCAAGAAGAGGAAACUGGAGGAUGAGUGCUCAGAACUGAAGAAAGACAUCGAUGACCUUGAGCUGACACUGGCCAAGGUUGAAAAGGAGAAACAUGCCACAGAGAACAAGGUGAAAAACCUCACGGAAGAGAUGGCAGGCCUGGACGAAACCAUCGCAAAGCUGACCAAGGAGAAGAAGGCCCUCCAGGAGGCCCACCAGCAGACCCUGGAUGACCUGCAGGCAGAAGAGGACAAAGUCAACACCCUGACCAAAGCUAAAACCAAGCUAGAGCAGCAAGUGGAUGACCUUGAAGGGUCCUUGGAGCAAGAAAAGAAACUUCGCAUGGACUUAGAGAGAGCCAAGAGGAAACUGGAAGGUGACCUCAAGUUGGCUCAAGAGUCCAUAAUGGACAUUGAGAAUGAAAAACAGCAACUUGAUGAAAAGCUUAAAAAGAAAGAGUUUGAAAUAAGCAAUUUACAAAGCAAGAUUGAAGAUGAACAAGCACUUGGCAUUCAGCUGCAAAAGAAGAUCAAAGAGUUGCAAGCCCGCAUUGAGGAGCUUGAAGAGGAGAUCGAGGCAGAGCGGGCCUCCAGGGCCAAAGCAGAGAAGCAGCGCUCCGACCUCUCCCGGGAACUGGAGGAGAUCAGCGAGAGGCUGGAAGAAGCCGGAGGGGCGACGUCAGCCCAGAUUGAGAUGAACAAGAAGCGCGAGGCCGAGUUCCAGAAGAUGCGCCGAGACCUGGAGGAGGCCACCCUGCAGCAUGAGGCCACAGCGGCCGCGCUGAGGAAGAAGCACGCAGACAGUGUGGCUGAGCUGGGGGAGCAGAUCGACAACCUGCAGAGGGUCAAGCAGAAGCUGGAGAAGGAGAAGAGUGAGAUGAAGAUGGAGAUUGAUGACCUUGCUAGCAACAUGGAGACCGUCUCCAAAGCCAAGGGAAACCUAGAGAAGAUGUGCCGCACUCUGGAGGACCAGCUGAGCGAGCUGAAAUCCAAGGAGGAAGAGCAGCAGCGGCUGAUCAAUGACCUGACGGCUCAGAAGGGACGUCUGCAGACAGAAUCUGGUGAAUUUUCACGUCAGCUAGAUGAAAAAGAAGCUCUGGUGUCUCAGUUAUCAAGGGGCAAACAAGCAUUUACUCAACAGAUUGAGGAAUUAAAGAGGCAACUUGAGGAGGAGAUAAAGGCCAAGAAUGCCCUGGCGCACGCUCUGCAGUCCUCCCGCCACGACUGCGACCUGCUGCGGGAACAGUAUGAGGAGGAGCAGGAAUCCAAGGCCGAGCUGCAGAGGGCGCUGUCCAAGGCCAACACAGAGGUUGCCCAGUGGAGGACCAAAUAUGAGACGGACGCCAUCCAGCGCACGGAGGAGCUGGAGGAGGCCAAGAAGAAACUGGCCCAGAGGCUGCAGGCAGCUGAGGAACAUGUGGAAGCUGUGAAUGCCAAGUGUGCUUCCCUCGAGAAGACGAAGCAGCGGCUCCAGAAUGAGGUCGAGGACCUCAUGCUCGAUGUGGAGAGGACCAACGCUGCCUGCGCGGCCCUCGACAAAAAGCAAAGGAACUUCGAUAAGAUCCUGGCAGAGUGGAAACAGAAGUAUGAGGAAACCCACGCGGAGCUUGAAGCCUCCCAGAAGGAGGCCCGCUCUCUCGGCACUGAGCUGUUCAAGAUGAAGAAUGCCUAUGAGGAGUCCCUCGAUCAGCUAGAAACUUUGAAACGAGAGAACAAAAACUUGCAGCAGGAGAUUUCUGACCUCACGGAGCAGAUUGCAGAAGGAGGGAAACGUAUCCACGAACUGGAGAAAAUAAAGAAACAAGUGGAACAAGAAAAGUCUGAGAUUCAGGCUGCUUUAGAGGAAGCAGAGGCAUCUCUUGAACACGAAGAAGGAAAGAUUCUGCGCAUCCAGCUGGAGUUGAACCAAGUCAAGUCGGAGGUGGACAGGAAAAUCGCUGAGAAGGAUGAGGAAAUCGACCAGCUGAAGAGGAACCACGUCAGAGUCGUGGAGUCCAUGCAGAGCAUGCUGGAUGCUGAGAUCCGGAGCAGAAACGACGCCAUCAGGCUCAAGAAGAAGAUGGAGGGAGACCUCAAUGAAAUGGAAAUCCAGCUGAACCACGCCAACCGCAUGGCUGCCGAGGCCCUGAGGAACUACAGGAACACCCAAGGCAUCCUCAAGGACACUCAGAUCCACCUGGAUGACGCUCUCAGGGGCCAAGAGGACCUGAAGGAGCAGCUGGCCAUGGUGGAGCGCAGAGCCAACCUGCUGCAGGCUGAGAUUGAGGAGCUGCGGGUCACACUGGAGCAGACAGAGAGGAGUAGGAAAGUCGCAGAACAGGAGCUCCUGGAUGCCAGUGAGCGUGUCCAGCUCCUGCACACCCAGAACACCAGCCUGAUCAACACCAAGAAGAAGCUGGAGACAGACAUCUCCCAAAUGCAAGGAGAAAUGGAGGACAUUCUCCAGGAAGCUCGCAACGCAGAAGAAAAGGCCAAGAAGGCCAUCACUGAUGCGGCCAUGAUGGCCGAGGAGCUGAAGAAGGAGCAGGACACCAGCGCCCACCUGGAGCGGAUGAAGAAGAACAUGGAACAGACAGUAAAGGACCUACAGCACCGUCUGGAUGAGGCUGAGCAGCUGGCCCUGAAGGGCGGGAAGAAGCAGAUCCAGAAGCUGGAGGCCAGGGUGCGUGAAUUGGAAGGAGAGGUUGAGAGUGAGCAAAAGCGUAACGCUGAAGCUGUCAAGGGCCUGCGCAAACAUGAGAGGAGAGUGAAGGAACUCACCUACCAGACGGAAGAGGAUCGGAAAAAUAUUCUCAGGCUUCAGGAUUUGGUAGAUAAACUUCAGGCAAAAGUGAAAUCUUACAAGAGACAAGCUGAGGAGGCUGAGGAACAAUCCAAUACAAAUCUAUCUAAAUUCCGCAAGCUCCAGCACGAGCUGGAGGAGGCCGAGGAACGGGCUGACAUUGCCGAGUCCCAGGUCAACAAGCUGCGGGUGAAGAGCCGGGAGGUUCACACAAAAGUCAUAAGUGAAGAAUGAUCAUGUCCUGAUGUUAUAGAAUGACUGAAGAGAGGCACAAAAUGUGAAGUCUUUGGUCAUUUUUUUUCUCUGUAAUUAUUGCCUAUCCUACCCUAUUGCAAAGAAAAUAAAGAGCAUAGGGUACUUUGCAAACAAUA